ACGCACUUUUUUCUCAAUUCCGUUGUAAAUAAACGAACGGCAGAGGCGAUGAUGAUAGUGAAAUUGCUACCAAAAUAUAAAAUCAAUACGGGAAUCUAUUACUCCAGUGUGUAUUAAGGUAAUUUUGCUUCAACUUUAUCUCACAAUUGAUAGUCAGCAUGAAUUGAUACAGCAACUAUUUGCAACGCCGCAGCCUUAAAAGCAAUUGAAUGACAAAGCAUUGAAAGAUUAGCUGCCUGUGUCGAAGCUAAUGCUAACUGCUGACAUUAACAGUUACCGAGUCAGCUCAGCUCUGUAAAUGCAGGUACCGCCGAUAUUAUGAGAAAGAAACCCCAAGAUACUACAGUUGUUACUGCAUUUUCUUCUUUUUAUAUUCCGGAAAUGUUUUUUAAUCACGCCUGAUGUUAACGCAGUCAUUUUCAUUUCUUGAGAAAUCGAGAGAGGAUGUAACGUUUCGCUGAUACAAUCAAUCAACUGUAUCAACGGUCGCCGUUAAUAUGCUGCAUUAUGAGUGUAUCCGUGCUAAAACAUGUUAUAACGAACUUCUCCUUCUUUAUUUCUUGCAGGCUAUCGUGGCCACGUUGAUGUCAUUCCCACCCUCCAGUUUGCGUCCUGCUGGAGUCAGACUGUGUCGUGUCACACAGGUAGCUUGUGGCCAAUGCCACAGGCUCGACCUGCCGAGGGAAGUGGACUAUCAACAUCGAAAAGAGUUGGCUCUAACAGACCUCUCUAGUCCUGUCGUGGCUGUAGGACCGCAAAGGGGGUGCCUGGGUUUUUACAUCAGUGAAAGUAGUGAUGUCGGAUUUAAAUAAAGAGGUGGUUGAUUUGGUCUGGGGGAGACCCUCCAGUGGUGGAGUGUCUGCCUCCAUCUUCCGUAGAUGGACCCAAGGUAUGAUUCAUUGUCUCAGUAUGAUUGAUAAAGCCUAAGCUGGUUCAUUUCUACCCAAGUCUUUUGUUGGGACUUUCUCUCUUGAAGGGGGUCAGGCAGACACUUAAAUAUCUUAGUGUUAAACAUGUGGUUAGUUUUAAUACUUAACUAAUAUUGUUCACUUUGGAGGUUAACCUGUAUUUGCUUUGUGGCCUAAAAAACACCAUGAGUGGUUUAAUGGUUUUCAAAUUUGUGCAGAAUGAAAGAAUAAAAUAAAAAAAAGGUUUUAAAUAUAAAAAAAAUCAAUGUUGCUCAGUUUACAAAACAUGUUUUUGUCUUGUACUGCAGGGUUUGUUUUCAGUGAGAAUGAGCACACAGCACUGGAGCAGUUUGAAGGAGGACCAUGUGCUGUCAUUGCACCUGUCCAGGUAUGGUGUAGUUUAACUCUGCUGCUCUGUCAAUAGGCUCAAGUCUCCUCGUCCACUGUUUUCCCCAAACACUCACCUUAUGUUUUUGUUCUUCGAUGCAUAAUGUUGAAGGUCUUUUGGUAAAAAGGUUUUGUAGUAAAAAUGAAACAUUGUUAUAGUUACAGUUGAAUUAUGUGAAGAUAUAUGUUCUGUUCGACCAACUUUAACACCUGACAAGCCUACUUGAAAUGCCCUUCAGCAUACUUUUGUGGAUUGUUGAUUACACUUUAAUGUAAUCAAGAGUGUUGAUCGUACAUUAAAAACUAAGUUUAAAUGAAGUCUUGACAGUGUGCAGACAGACCUCUGAAAAACCAUUCUCUUUUGAUGUCAUUGUUUUUGUGACUUUGGAGACUGAGUUUGUGUUUCUUUGCAGGCUUUCCUCUUGAAAAACAUCCUCUUCAACAGAGAAAGUCCAAACUGGAGACAGAUGUCAGGUAAUUUUUUUUAGAAAGAUGUGAAAUUAUAUUUGUGAACAUUUAGUAAAGUUAAUUUGCCUGCAAAGUCUGAUAUGAAUAAGUUUCAAAUAUUUUUCUUUGUCAGAAGAGGAGCAGAGAACAGCAUUGUGUACCACCCUGAGUGAAAUCCUAGAGUCUGCCUGUUCCAGUCCUGCCACUGAGUUCUGUCUGGUGACUUGGGCCAAGGGACAGACCCCACAAACUAGCACACACACUAACACACCAACACAGUCACAGUCGCAAACACAGGAUCUGCCAGAACCUGAGAGCAGCCAGCCGCCACAGGAGCAGCAACCAAGUAAGUACUACUUCCAACAUAUUCAUGUGUGAAAUACGCUGUCAGAAUAGUGGUACACAAACAAAUAAAUACUAAUUAAUUCAGCCAACUCUCAAAUUGAAAAAAAUAACCAUCAAUUUCAAUGAUGAAAUGUGUUUUAGAACAGAGUUCUUACUGCAUGCAUCCCAUUGUGAUCUAACAGUUUGUGUGUAUUUCUUCUGCCUAGCUGCUUUGGCUACAGAGGAUCUUGGCUUUGAGCAGUUUCAUAGUGUUCUGCAGUAAGUGACACUUAAUAUUCUCACCACAGCUAACAUUGGGCAUCUUGAUAUUCAUAACUGCCUUUUCCCAAAAGCAGAUCAUCUUGACAUUAAAUAACACUGUGGGUUUCUGGAGGGUAUAAUACUUGUUUUAUGACUGCUGUUAUAGGAUAGAGAACUACAUAUUUCUUGGAAGAUAAUAUCAGUGGAGGGCAUAUGAGGGGCUGCAUUCGAUUCAUCUAGUCUGCAAGAAUUGAAUUAGCUGUAUGGCUAUCCCUAACAGUUGCCGACUCAGCCCUUCCACUGAUUGCCUAAUAAAAAAAAACUACCUCUCGCUACCUUUCUUGAACAGAUACUCUCUGUCUGUCACACAUGCACAGACUUAAUGAAUGCAACCUUACAUUUGCCAGAGGAACAUUGAAACCUCAUCACACAGCACACUGGCAGCUGAGACUGCAGUCAGCAAAAAAUGCAGCGUAGGCUCACAGGGAAUGCUAACUGAGGGUGACAGUUCAACCCAUAAGCCUCCAAGGUGAAAUCAAAGUUGGGCAUAGGCUCAUUCAUAGACCAGAUAUUUCUCAUUUUCAAAGUUAAUUUAUAGUCACUUUUUCAAUCUGGCGUAGGGAUUACAAUUAAUACUUAAGUCUCAUUGAUCCUAAAACCAAACAAGUUGCCUUAGGCUUAGAUUUUCCAGAAAAUCAAUCUUGUGUUUCCUCCUUUUUUGCAGCAAGCGCACUGUAACGUCAGUGUCUGGUCUAAGAGAGGAGGUGCUGUCUCUCUACCACACCUGGAGGGGGUGCUGUGGAGUCUUGCUUUUCCUCUACUCUGUCAUCCUCACCAAGGUAAAGAUCAGAAGUCAAACCAAAGCAGAAGACAGAAGGAUGAAAAACUUUCAAAAAGGUUGAUGUUGAUUUUACUGUGUUUGACUUUUAAAAGAACACAUCAGACCUUAGAAUACAUUUUUAUCUUGCAGCAAUGUUACUUUUUAUUGCUUUUAAGUCAUUUUUAUGUGUUGAAUCAAUGUCCAAACACAUAACUGUAAAGGAGACUUAUUUUCCCGGUUUUCUCUGUUGCUGCAGGGCAUAGAGAAUAUAAGAAACGAGAUCCAGGACACAAUGGAGCCCCUUAUUGACCCUGUGCAUGGCCAUGGAAGGUAUAAAAGCCCCCAAAUUUAUGCAUAUCCUCCAUCAUCAUCAUCAUUGAGGCUCAUGUUAAAGACCAUGACGUUCUCUAAGCCUUUUUUGUGUAGGGAAAAGAUCUACAUGUUUUAUGUUUUCUUCUGAUAUCUUUUUUUUAAUAUAUUUUUUACAGCCAGAGCUUGGUGAACCUCCUCGUGACGGGCCAUGCGGUCUCGAAUGUCUGGGAUGGAGACAGGGAGUGCUCUGGCAUGAGUAAGACUUCUGAGAAGUGACUGCUGACACAUUUAAAAACACCACAACCAAUUUAUGCACAUACUGCACAGUGUUAAACGCUCACAUUACUCUGUUUUGUUGCCCCAGAUUAAACCGUAUCCACCAGAGGGCAGUGAUUUUUGUAGUCCUCAAGAAUGCACGAAAAGGUCAAAAUGAUGCCAGUCUGCCAUGUUUGAACAGAUUCUGAUUUGGUGUUGUUCUUUUUUCCUCCUCUCUCUUACAGAACUGCAUGGUAUUCAUAAACAGGCAUCAGUUGGCUUCCUCACACUUAUGGAAUCACUCCGCUAUUGUAAGGUACAGACAAAAAGAGGUUCCACAAAACACUGAGGGAAAAUAUAAGAAGUUGUUUUUGGCACUUGUGCGGAGCAUUUUGUGACUUUUAUUCACUUGAUGAAAACCCACUGUGAAUUAUAGUGAACACACUCUGUAGUACGAGCGAAUGCUCCCAAAUAGGACUACAUAAGCAUCUCUUCAGUUGACUGGGACUUAGCUGUCAGGUGCUAAAAGUUGCUUGUGUUAAUUCAGUGUUUCUCACUUGAGCCCUCAACUUAACUCCUGUGAGUGCUCAACCUCUAUGAACCUUUUUUUAAAGCCUUUCUUCAUCUGUGAUAAGUAAACACAGAUGAACAUAUCGUCUCAUACAUUUGAGAGAGUCUGUUGUGUCUCUUGUGCCCAACUUGUGGUAAAAGUGAAUGGUAGUAGCAAAAGCUGUACCAUAGUUUGGUUCAAAAGAAGUUCAGGCCACUUUAUUUGACAGCCAUUACCAAAGCACAUAGCGUCGAAGCAGCUGACAGGCUGUCUGACGUCAUGCUGUCUUCGAUCUCACUUUCAUCCCAGUAAGUGUUGUGGUCACUGCAAGAAUGAUUGUAAUAUUUAAAGCCUGUUGCUGCCACGUGUCGAGUGAUGCAGUGAGAAAACACAGACACAUUUAUUCUACUGUUGCAAUGCAAGUCCUCUCAACUAAUAUCUCAACACAUCAGUUUUAAUGAGGCACCCCUUCUAAGAAAACAAAUAAACACAGUGCUUCUUGUAACACUAAGAUCCAGAAUAUAUCCAAUAUGUGAACAUAAACUACAGUGAAAGCUCCCGUGUGAAAAUAUGUGUUUGGACAAAACGGUCCCAACAGGCUGAGUGAAAACUCUCCUGCCUCUUGCUACACUUUUUUGGCACACAGAGACUUGAACAGAUGUAUUGAAACCAGUCAUAAAGUAGUUCACUAAUACAUGUAACUUUACAUUAUCUUCAAAAAAAGGGAUCAUAGUCAUUUAUUCAUUUCAACCAUGCAUAAGUUUACACAUGAGCUUUGCAAACACGCAAAGUAAGCAGUUUUAACAAGUGAGUAACAAGUAGGUAGUAGCCAGAGAAACUGGAGAGCUGUUAAGAAGACUUCAUGUCAAAUAAUGAAGCUCUGCUACAAUGUGCAGUAUCAACAUAGACUGUAUAACCUGUUUAUUUGUCAUAUAUGGCAGUAAAGUUCCAGCUCAUUAUAAAGCUGCACCUCAGAAAAACAAGCAGAUCAUCAGAGCGGAUUAUACUGAUAUUACACAGUUUUAUGACAUUACACAGACCUAUUUGAUGAGAAUCUAGAGAGGUAACAUAUUGCAUAUUGCUGAUAUAAUGUUACAUUAGAUCUCUGAUCAAAUAAAGAUGUUCUCCAUGAAAACAUAGACUUAGUUACUGAUUCAAAAGACUACAAAUAGACACUCAUUUGUUUCACAUUCCUCUGUGUGUGUGUGUGUGUGUGUGUGUGUGUGUGUGUGUGUGUGUGUGUGUGUGUGUGUGUGUGUGUGUGUGUGUGUGUGUGUGUGUGUGUGUGUGUGUGUGUGUGUGUUUCAGGUCGGGGCAUUCCUCAAGUCUCCAAAGUUCCCUAUUUGGAUCCUUGGCAGUGAAACUCACCUCUCUGUGUUUUUCACAAAGGCAAGUUCAACACACACAUCCAUAAGUGACCAAACACAUAUUUCACUCGCACAGUCGACGCACAUAGUGUGUAACAAAAGCCAGUCUCCUCUGCAGGUUCCAAAAAAACAAUAUAUGGAAUGUGCUUAACAGAUUUAAUAUAUCCCAGGUCAGAUAUCGGUGCACCACAAAAAGAAGGGCAGAAAAGAGGGGGAGGGAAAAAAUGAACACUGGAGAUGGUCAUAUAUGGUCUGGCCAGUGCUGUUUCUUGGCUUUUCACCUAUCCAGAAAAAGGGGGGAAGAAAAUCUGAGUACACACACAGACAGAAAUUCACAUAUAAACACUCAGGCAUGGUGUGUUUUCUUCUUCAUCUCAUACAAGCCAAAACAGAGUAUUUUUAGUUCUCAAACAUCUGCGUUUAAAUAUAAAAAUAUACAAAGUUUGUAAUGUUUGACCGUGUUCUAGAGCUGAAGCUGGACUCCAAUUAGAUCUGUCACUUACUUCCAACUUCUGUCUGCCUUUUCUGUCAGUUUCCAACAAUAUGGAUAACACAUUUUCCUCUUCUGGCACCUGUGCACGAGAGCAUGUUUUUGAUUGUACAAAGUUUACCCAGGAAUACAGGAAUCCUAGAAACAACACUUAUCAUCAGUUGGUUCGACAAAAUCAUAUUUCCUGUCACAGUUCUCUGUGUCUCCAGAAAAGCCUUGGAAAUUAGAGCUGAAGGUCUAAAACUGAUGUUUACAUUUGCAAAAAAUACAACAUGCUGUUAAUUGGAAAAAAAAGGAGAGAGAAGUUAUUCAUAAAAGAAAAUAUUGAAGCAAAUGAAACUUCCAAAAUGACAAGACCCCUGUCUGAAAGUCAUGACGAUUUAGUCAUCUCACAGCCUUAGUAAUCAUCCACACUGAGAGCUAUUAGGAAUUCUGGAUUUGCUCAAUUUCCAACAUCUGAUCAUUUUUAAUGUUUGUUUACAUCUUAGUAAUACUCCUAUUCACAUUCAUAUUGUAGUAAUAUCCGGGUCUUAAGCCUCUGAAUGAUUACUGCUGUUGUUGUCACAUUAUGAGGGCUUAUGUCUGACAAAUCUUUGACAUACUUUGCUUCUGAGUUCCACAUUAAAGGAGGGAGCUCAUUCAUAUGGGAAAAAUACGAGGAUUUCCAGGUUCCUGGAAAAGCCAAAUAAGUAAUCCUGUAGUUGUAACCUUAAGACUGAAGUAUGCAUGCCACUGAGUGUAGGAAGCAAAUCCUAAUCAAAGGUUGCCCUGCUGUCCUAACUUAGAGAGAAAGUGAAAGAUCACCGUAUCACUGUUCAUGUUCAAGCACAUUUAAUUACCUAAUUUUGAACAGGGCUGUUUAUCAUCUCUAACAGUCAACAUGUAACACUAUACAUUGCUGUAGCCUCUGCACUAAAGCUAGCAGGGUUGGUUGUGGCGAAUUGAUUCUCUCUGCUGUUGUGCAAAUGGCACCAGAGAGGAAGAAAAAAAUCCCAGGCAAUCAUCUCCAUCAUAACGCCACACCCUUCUGAUACCAUUGAUUAAAAGCUCAGUUACAUGAGUUAAGCUCAAGCCUGCUAGACUAGUGGAUCAUAUGUUGGCUCAGUGAUGACCUGGAGUCGUCAUGCAUGUGCUGAUGACUUACCGAUUGCUACAACUCCCCUGGCACAAGUGACAUGUUCACAUAUACACGCACACACACAUUCCAAAGCAGAGGGGGAACCUAAUCCUGAUUAGCAUUAGUGUUGUGUGUGUAUGUAUGUGCUGCUUCAGGUGGAUUGCUUCCUGUCGGGAAUGUGAUUCCAGAGUUCCCAUCUGGAUCCAUUUGCCCCGCUGAAGACUGUGAACACAUUUGAACACUCGAACAGUGCGCUUGCAUGCAUAUGUUCUGACGUACAGGCUGACACUGUGCCAUGCUGGCUCCAAAGCUUUGAGCCUAAGCUAAAGGGCAGGCUUGGGGCAAUAUUGGUGCUCUGCUGGUAGAGCUCUCUGUGUUACAGUCUUUCAAAGGAAAUCUAUGUUUAGAGUUGAUUUGAAGCACACUGAGAAUUCCCAGGGUUUGUGAUACAGAAAUACACACUACCUGGUUUGGUGGCUUUUAGCUCUAAUACAUGGAGCCAUCCCCACAAAAGCAGAAAACCUGAUCCCUGCCUCUGAUGUGUCAGCGGCUCUCUGUCUGCCAUUGGGGACGGGUGUGUAUUCCCUGGAGUCGCUGUCAGUGUGUGACUGCGGCUUUCAGACCAUCAGCUUAAUAGCAUUAGUGUUUUUUUUUUAUCUAAUCUACCUACACAAAGGUCAUUUUACCAUCUCUGUACCCUACCCGCAACACCCCCCACACUCUCAGUCCUUUGUUGCAUUAAUGUAUGUGUAUGGGAGGAGAAGACUGAGAGUGUAUAGUGGUAUGUAAUGGGAUCUGUUUUUGGACAAGAAUUUCUGAAGACAGCAAGAAAGGAAGACAGACGGACAGGCACAUCAAGCAGUAUUUUUAGAAAACCAGAUUCUCUCCUCCUUCCUUUUCCUCAUCGUGUCUUUGAAGUUUACAGUGUAGAGCAGACUGUUUGCCCAAGAAACGCAUUCUUCGAUGCUUCUCAGUCAACCUCUUCAGGUUAUUGGUCCCUCAUGGGAAGGAAGGAGGAAGAAAGGAAGUGGAAAGGGAAGGAUGCACUUUAAGGCACGGUGCAGCGGUCACUCAGGAAAGAGGGGAAAUGGGGACUGAUCCUCUUGUGACAUUUCUCAUCACUCUUUCCUCUUCUCUCGCUGAGUGAUGAGGUUCACAGGCUGUGCGUCGACGUCCCAGGAGAGUUAUAUGUGUCUUUGCGUUUGUGUAUGUGUACAGUAGUUGGGUUCUGGGUCAGUGAUUUACUAGGAGCGAGAGCAGCCGCCAUGGCGCUCUGUCUCCCUAAAGACCGAAGCUUCUGUCUGCACACACACCCACAAUGCCCUUCAAGGGCUGGUAAGAAGCAGGAAUUCCAAGCACAAGCGUGCAGCCACAGAAAAUGUGAGUUCUGUGCCUAUGGUUAUACUGGCAUAAGCGCAGUAAAUUUGUCAAGGCCUUUUAGGGAAAACCAAACUAUUCAUCAAGCAGGGAGAUUAACCCAGGUGUCAAAGUUCAGUAGACAGCUUUAAGAUUAGGAUACUGUUUGAUAUACACAAUGUGAUCUAAAAAAAGGAGUUUCAUUGACUGUAUCCUUAAAAUAUUCAGCAUUUGAGAGACUUAGGUUGUGUGUCCACUGAGUGCAUUUUUCACUCUGGCAGCUCCCACAGUCUCAGUUCAAGAGUGCUUCUAGCAUUCUAGCACACACCACUGCAAGAUAAUGUAAUGCUGGCUUCCACCAAUUGAUUUUCACAGUCCCAGACUACAAACUGAAAGUCUGAAGUAAAUCUAGGAGUUUUACUGGAGUCACAGCGGAGUCACGGUGCGCUUCCGUCAUCUCGUUUUGUUAAAUUGAAGGUGGUAAUCUGUGCUGUUUCAUAUCAGUCUUUUUCUAGUCGUGGGUAUGCAAUAAUAUCAAACGUGUGUGAUAUUAUCGCAAGUCGCAGUGACUUAACACAACCAACAACCAAUAGAUGAGCUCUAAUAAAAGUGGAAAAAGACACCUGACAGUCAAAACAAAAAGAAUAAGAAUGUAUGAAGAAUUGCCGGCGAUAAAAUGGCGAAAGUGGACAGUCCAGAAAGAGGAGCAGAUAGUGGAGCUGUGGGCAGGUCAGCCAAGGGUUUCCCCUACAUGUAAAAUGGCGCAUCGUCACGGUGAAAUAAAAUCCACCACACCUCAACAAUCAAGUUUUUUAUACAUGCCACCUCGGACUUAGUAUUUAUCAGUGAAUGCAGCACGCACGGUCUGCACUGCUGGGUGGGCAUGCUGAAUAUUAGCAUUGGCGAGUUUUGUGUUGUCAUAUGCGAACACACAGUUAAUUAAUGAGGACUUUUUUGAACUGUCAAAAAACGCUGAAACAAUAGUUCUAGUCUUGUAAAUAGGAACCAAGAUUUACAGUCUUUAUAAAUUCUCAGUCUGAGAUUAGGCUGUGACUAAAAACUCUAAACACAUGUCCGUAGAUGUGAGCAGGUGUGAGCUGAUAGUUUUCCAGGAGUCUUUUCCAAAUCUUUUCAGAAGUCCUUUGAUGUAUAGCUGGCAUAAGUUGUACUGCAGUGUCUCCUCCUCCCUCAGAUGUGACUAUUAAACUUGCUGUAAAUUCUCUUAAUGCUCCAUAUUUGCUUUUAUUUAAGAAAAUAUGACAAAGAAACUGUCAAAACUGUUAAAAGAAAAUGUGUUGUUGCAUCAGCAGCAGCGAUACACCAUAAAAUGGUCCCCUACAAAAAAGGGGAGGGGGGGUUAAUAAUGCAUAAUGAUGUUAAUAAAUGUAGUUGAAACUGAACAUGACAAAGAAUGAAUAUUUCUGCCGAAUCACAUCAGAACAUUAGACUUUUGUACUCUUUUUUUUUUUAAAAAAGGAUUGAGUUCUGUACUUGGUGUGAUCAAAGGUUUCGGGUAACACAAACACAAAAUUACAAAGCGGUGUACAUUAUCAGUCAUUAAUAAUCUGUGACAGGUCAGACCAAAGGCCAUUGUAUUGCGAUGAAAAGCCGUCUGCGUGCGUGUGUGUGCGCUGCAUUAUUCCCUCUUUUCCCCAGUGUGUUGUUCUCGGUUAUGGAACCCAUCAUUACCCAAUAUAACGAUCCUCUGGUGUCUUCUUCUCUUUUCUGGUGAGACAUCGUCUUUCUCAUCCUAGACAGCUCCAUCAAUCACUGCAUUGUACUUUUUGUCACACCUGAAAUGCGCACACACACAAACUUACAGUAAAGAGUGCAUAUAACCUCUAUGUAGCAAAAGAUAGGUUUCCCAUUGUUCUCUGUGCUUGUAAAUCACAGGGGAUGCAGGCGAGUUAAGGUGAGCAGAACAAAUACAUCAGCCAGCACGUAUACACAUUAAAAAAAGCACACACACACACACACAAACAGGCCCCCUCCUCUGCCUGUCAUGUAGUGAGGUUGUCGCUGCCUGUUAGGAACAAGGCAGGAGACACUGUCCGAGACCUCUGCUUUGUUGUCUUGAAACCGAUCCCUUCAAACAUACUCUAUGGCCACUCAGAGCCUCUCAGCACAAACAAAAGCUCUUUGGGCGGACCGGAGGAGAGAAAAAGAGUAACUCUAGCACCACACUAUAGCUACCUGUCUUUUUCUGAAGUACCUACCUGCAUGAGAAGAUAAAGGAUAAAAGACACAAGGCACAAUGGAAGAAAAUGUCAAGGACCGGGAGGGAGGAAACACUCCAUAACUGGAGUGCCCAUUUAGCACAGGAAGAGGCUGGUAAAGGGGGGUAAGACAGGGCAAGAACAGAAGAGGGAGAAAGCCUACAGAGGGUGUGUUGUCAAUCUGAGAGAGCCCAAAGAGUACAGACGACUAAAGGUGAAGGUUCAGACAGUGGUCAGGAGUUAAAUUUCUACAAAAGCGAAGAUAUUCAAUGAUAUCAGUCAGGUUUGGUUCUUGAUCAAGGAGGGUGUGCUGCUGAAAGUUCACUUUGAUAAAACAGAAGGAUCACAUACACACACACACUGUGAAGUUUAUGCAGUCAAGUAAGAUUUAAUCUCAUUCUGUGGGACAAGUUUGGAUUUGUCAGUCCUGGCUUGACUGAAAAAAUGCACGAUGCAUAUACACAAAGGGCUUUUUCAUCACUUAAGAUUAAUGGCUUUUGAAAAAAGAAGUGUUUGACUCAAGGAAAAGUUUUCUGGUUUUACUUGGAACAAAUGUUCUGCAUUAUUCUGUGUAUCUAAGUCCUCGGAGAGCGGGACGUCCGUGUUGUUCUUGCUUUGUUCCUAUAGAAGAGAGCUUGUUGUUGCACUGUUUAAUGUCCAACUGCGGGGACAGGAAUGUGCUCCUUGAUUUCGCCAAGCACAAAGGACCUGGCAUCAGUGCAAAAUUGCAAGUGCGCAUGGUUCUACUGCUCUCUGAGCAGGAAUAUUUGCGCAGAUUGAGAGAAUAGAAACCAGCUUGCUCUCCAGUCAAAACAAACAAAUUCCAGCAGGGGGACAGGCUUAAUUACUGCGCUGAUUCCCUCUCUGACACAGACACACAGUGAGAUUGAGGAGAAAUAUACGCUGACACACACAAAAACACACACUUACACGCACCUUCCCUGUGGAGUCUGUAAGCUCCAUGACAUGUUUUCCUACUCAGCAGCAUCUUCCUCAGGCCUCUAAUAAAACAGAGAUCAAAGCAAGCCAGGCAAACCUGUCAUCACACAAACACACACACUAAUAAUUUGUGCUGCCUUUUUGUGUCUCUCUCUUCAUAUGUGUACAAUCUUACGAUUACAUGACUCAUUGUCCUUUCUGUUGUAAUGUGUUUAUUAGCCUCACAUUAACUCCUUUGGAUGAACAAUAAUAGCAUGUUUGGUUGCGUUCUGCCUGUUGAUGACCACUUGAGUUUGUCUUUUGUCUGAGUGUUGACAUCCUGUAACAGUGGUGAUUUACACAGACUCUGUCCGUACGGCUCCUGAAGACGAUAAAUAGUGUAAGCCGCUCACGGUUUAACAAGGCUCAUCGGAUUUAAAGGGUUUUAUAUUUGAGCCUGAGGUCGAUUGAGUUUUUCAUCACUUUGGAAAGAGAUAUGCUUUCUUUGUUGGUGUCUACAGUUUUCUUGGUGUAAUAUAAGUAGAGUUAAAGUUCCAAGACAGAUAACUCAUGUCAUCCAACACAAACAUUGAUUUUUUUACACGCAGUUGGCUGUGAAGGAGCUUUUUCAGCACUUCACUCCUCCUGGGACAACAAAAUGACCCUUUUCCACCCCUGAAAGUGCAACACUGACAUAUCAUGCUUUUGACAAAUCCACGGUCAGAUUUAUGGAGCCUGUGAUGUUAGCACACCAGGACCCUGUGAUACUUCAUGUGACAGAGCAGUGUGAGAGCGAAUGUUCACCGGUCUUAGCAUGUUUUCCUUUGCAGCUGAGGAGUCAGCAGCUGGGAGUCAUCUCUGCUUGUUGUGUUCCUCUGAACCCCUCUCUCUCUCUCUCUCUCCCUCAGUCUCUCUCCCUCUCUCGCCCUGAAAAAGCUUGAAUACAGACUCGUAAGUGGACUAUGAAAUCCUAGCAGCCUGCACAGAUCUGAGGCUCAAGCUUUUAAUAAAGGACAGCUACAGAAGAUGAGCAGGGUUCAAUUGCUUUCAAAAAAACACAGAGUAUUUGUAGAAUGCUUUGUUGUCAUAAAUACACCCCCUCCUUCACUUGUGAGGGAAAAGAGCGAGAACAGGCCGGCUGUCGUUUGCACACUCUGCAUGAGUUUGUUUGUGUGCGAUAGAGACGGAUGAAAAGCCACAUUUUUGUGAAGCGUUGUAUUUUUAUCCUCUGUUUGAGGAAUUCUUCUUGAAGCCCAAAGUUAUUCUUCAUUUGCUGAAACUUAACUUUGCGUAGAGUGUUGCUAAUCUAAAUCUGAUAGUUUUCCAGGGUAGGGGCUUGGCAGACCCUAAUAGCUCCAGAGUUCUGGGUCUGUAGGGGUCAUUGCACUGAAAACAAACUCAACAAUAGCUGAGGAACAGCUGAAGAGAAAAUGUUAAACUUGCUCUAAUACAGAGCUCAGAGACAAGGGGAUGUUCUGGCUGUGUCAUACUGCCACUCUGAUAAUGUGUCAUCAUAUUUUCUCAAUUUCUUUAGUGCACUAUAUGUCCCACCGGGGAAGCUGCAGAUGCAUAUUUGAAAAGUGACAGAAGUAGACAAAUACAAAACUAGAGCGUGAGAAAGAGAUGCUGCACUUAGGAGAGUUAUUCCAAAAUUGGAUAAAUGUGAGCAGAGGAGGUUUCAUACGCUGCAGGAUGAUCUCACAGGCGCUUUGUUUGAAGUACUCUGAGGCCUGAAGUACGGGCCGUUCAUUUAAUCAGCGUUCACUCCAGCCCAAAGGGGUUGGUGCUCCCUGUCCAUGCAUACAUACUCCCCUUCAUUUCUGAUCCCCCUGCAAACACAUCUCUGUCUAAACUUAACCGACAAACAAACACUGUACAGCCUCUCAUAAAUCAAGUGCUAUAUGUGUAAGGCUCGAUUUCCUGAUUGUGUGUUUGGAGUGAAAACAAGCAGUCUGACUUUAUCAACAGAUCAGUUAAUAACCAAGCGGGUCCUGUUGAUUGCACCCCCACCCCAUCCCCUUGAUUUCACAAGUCACACACACAUUCAUGCACACUGUACUCAUGCAGUGCAUCACACACACUGCUACAAUGGAUGGUUCCGCCUUGUUUGCAGACUUCGUAGCUUCACAGUGAUGGGUGGUACAUUAGUCCUGCUAAACCAUGUCAGAAACAAUCAAAGAGUGUCAGUAGAUCAAGAUGAUCGCUGCUCCGCGCCACACUCAGCUGGUCUCAUGUUUCAGCACUGAUGAAAACACAUCCCCUCAUAAUGUGAUCUAAUUCUUCCUCCUCUCCUCCCUGAUCUAUCCAUCUGCUCACUGUCUCACUGUAACACUCCCUGUAUCCUCGCUUUAAUCAUGGAGAUACUGUUUGUGUGGUCACAUUUAGGUCAAACUUCUUCAUGUUAUUUUGCACAACUUCUCACCUUUUUGUCUUUUGUUUGUUCCUUUUUGUCUUUUGUUUGUUUCUCCUCCAUCGUUUUCUCCCUGUAGGAGAUGUCCCUUGUGGGUCCAGAAUCUCCAUCUGAACAGGCAAGAAGGGUCUUCCAGUCAUUUGAUCCAGAAGGUAAGGAGUCAGACCACUGAGUUCUUGUCUUGUAUGAGGUAUACAUGUUUGUUGGGUUGCUAAUUCGUCAUGUCUCACCCCCUCACACCUGUUUUCAAAGAACUUCAUACUAAAUGUACUCAUUAUUAGAGCAGGUUCAUGAACGUCCUGGCACACAGAUGUACCUAAAGUCUCACUUUGACACAAAAAUACACACACAGAGAACAAUAUCCGGGGCUGUUGUUUUUUUUUUUCUGUCUUCCUGCUCAAACACACACAUUCAUAACCUCCUCUUCCCUCUCAGAUUCCUCUCUCAUGCCUCCAUUAUUUUCUUCUGCAGGCAGAUCUAGCGUCUGUUUUCUCCUCUCUCAUCUUCUCUGUUGUUGUUUAAGUUGGUGAGAUCAGCUCCUCUUACAGCUGAGUCAACUAUCACUCUCCUUCCCGCCCUUCCUUAUUUCACUAAAUCUUUCUAGUCCUUUCCAGGUGAGUGGGGUAAAAGGCAAGUGGAAGGAUACAGAAGCCAUGUUUACAUGGGCAACAUUUCUUGAUCGGAUUAAAAAUUUGAGCGAUCGAAUUAUCUGAAUCCACUGUCUAUACAGGUGCAAAAUCCAAUCAUGACGUGCGUUUACAUGCAUCAAGCCUUAUUCCGAUUAGAGGCAUUUGAACAUGCGCAGAGUUGUUUGAUUUCAUUACAACAACCGCGGAAGAAGGGUUUUAUUUACAUCUGUGCGGUCAACAAACCAACAAACGUGGUAGUGGCUCACUCCAUCCAACUCAGGAGUUUUCCCCCUGUUAAAUGUUGUCACUAGAUGGCGCCCUCGCGUACUUACUUUACUGUUCUGUCAAAGAUUGCACUGUGUGCGCAGGUGUGACAUCAUUACGCUGUAUGUACGCCUUGUUAUGUUAUUGGAGGAGCAGACACAAUGGCACCCGCGGUUGUGUUUUAUGCCAGAAUGUUAAUAAUGAAACCUCAUCUACUGGCCUCAAUAACUAAGCCAAAGGCUAAAGAGUGAAGAUCGAGUCAGGUAAGAGAGUCACGAUCGGAAUAAGUGUUAACAUGGACGUGUUUCGGAUUAACAAUCGGCAUAAACCACCCUUCUUGAUCGAAAUACAAUUUCUUUCCGAUUGAGCCGAAUUGGAUCAGAAUCUUCUGAUCACAUGUUUACAUGACGCGUUUUAUUCCGAUCUGGCUUUUAUUCCAAUUAUUCGUGCCCAUGUAAACGCAGCUGGAGAGAGAGGCACAGUGACAGUAAUCACUUUAAAAGAAGACAGUACUCCUGUCAGACUUGCAGGAAGUCUUCGAGAUCAUUUCUGUCAACUCCAGAUUAAAGCCCUAAAUGUUUGUGUGUGUGUUCAUUAAACGCUUACACAGAUGGGAAGACAGUUGAAAUAAAACAUUUCAUUGCGGCAUCUGUUGUGUUUUGUUGUGGUGUGGAGACGAGAGAAAAGGAAGAGGGAAGCCAUUAAUGACAAGAGCAUGCACACUCUCAGUUAUCCAUGUUGCAGGAGACCUCAGCUGAGUAUCAGACGAAAUCACUCAUAACAUGUUUCUUAAAUGAAAGCUGCUGCUCUCUCUCUCUUUCAGUUAACAUUAUUUCUUUGAAUCUAGCUUGUAGGGACAUGUUUUUUUUAUCUGUGCAGAUCUUCAGAUGUUGUGCAAUAAGAUUUGAUGGUAAGAUUAAUCGCCCCGGCAUGGGCGAGCUACAUGAAUGGAAAAUACUGUAUGUUAAUUUAACCGUAUUUCUUUUUUUGUCUUGUUUUCAUCUGUUGUUCCUGACGCACCGAACGCCACACAUUCUCGAAUCCUGCUACAACAUUCUGUCAGCCAUAUGGUCUUUUCAACGUACACAAACACACUUACUUAAAGGUCCACGUAUAGAGGAUGUCCUUUGUGCGUCCAUAUUCACACUCUGCAGUGUAUACACACAUGCCAAAGCCAGCAGCACUGUUGAGUGCUGUGUAAAAAGGCCAUAAAUCUGUCUGUGUCAUAUGUAGAGUCAGCACAGCUCCCUGUGUUGUGGAAUAAGGGCGCCAGACACAUUCACACACACUGCACUGACUCACCAGACAAACACACAGCAGCCCACGGUCUCACAUUGUUCUUCAAUAUUUGGUGUUUGUCAUUGUCCUUGUGCAGAGCGCGUGUGUGUGUGUGUGUGUGUUUGUCUGCGUCUUCGCUGUAAAACUCUCAGUUGUCACUUUGAAAGGAUAGCAUCUGGCACUGAAAAAGAUCGAGCCGCUUCAGAGCAGACGAGCAUUCGGCUGAUCUCCACAACACACAAGGGGUUCGAGCGUGUAUCUAAACAACAGGCCACACAGGAACACAUGCUGAUGUUUAAGUGAGACAAAACCAAAGAGCCCGGACACACACACAGACAUAAUCUUUUAGGGGUAAAAACACGUGUUAGCGUUUAAAGCUUCUCCAUCUCAGGUAAAGCAAUCAUCACUGCCAUGGAAUGUAGGUCAGAGAGACAGGACAAGGUGUUUGUGAGCGUGUGUGUAUCUGUGUGUGGUUUUAAAGUUUCUUUUGGAGUUGUGUGAGAUGAGCUCAUUCCCCAGGGCGUGUGAUGUAAAUAUUGCUCGUGCCACAUGUGCGUAGGUGAAGGUUUCCCCUCGUUUUCAGCUGAAGCCUGUAUUUUAUGUUCUGUCCAGUGUCAGCCAGUCCUUCAGUCUCUCUCCCUCUCUCUCUCUCUCUCUCUCUCUCUCUCUCUCUCUCUCUCUCUCUCUCUCUCUCUUUUCAGAUAAUGGCUUCAUCGCAGAGUCUCUGCUAGAGGAUGUGAUGAAAGCCCUUGACCUUGUCUCAGAGCCCGAGUAGUAAGUGCUUGCAUGUUCGAAUCUUUGUGUUUGUAUUUCUGUGUGUGUGUGUGUGUGUGUGUGUGUGUGUGUGUGUGUGUGUGUGUGUGUGUGUGUGUGUGUGUGUGUGUGUGUGUGUGUGUGAGAGCAGCACCUGUAGUGCUUCUAAAGUUCUCACUCCUAAGUCACGGCCAGGCCAGGUCAGCGGCCCUGCGCUCAGGUUUCACUGCCAGGCUACUAUAAAGCAAGACCAGAGCUAACCCGCUAUAAAAGCCGAGGGAGAAAGAAUGAAAGAAAGAGAGAAAUCCAGAAAACAGAGGCUUAGAGGGAGAUCAUUAACAGCAGGAAGAAAGAGUGAGAGAGGGAGGAAACGCUUUAAAGUGCCGCUUCAAACAGAAGCACGUUCUCUUCGGAGAAACAAUAAGCCCAAACGCUGCAGCUCGGGCCUGGCCGAGUAACUGGACCACUGAUCUGCUCUGCAGAUCCCCAGAUGGCAGAUACAUCACAACACAACACAGCAAACCUGUGGGAAAUGUCCCAGAACAAACAAGUGAGCCUCAUUCCUUACCACACAAUGAGAGAGUUAUUACAGGGAUUCCACCUUGGAGAAAAAAAAAGAAAUGGCUUUUAAUGCUUAGAAAUAACUCAAGCCUGUUCAGACAGACCUCAUGGACAGUACAGGUAGACUGAUUGAAACAGUAUUUGUGGUGUUUUAAUGGAAAAAUGUUCCUCCAUCAUCAUUCAGUCCAUUUUGAAAAGAUGAGGUUCUGUUGUCUUCCAGUGCUUUUAGUGCUAAACCUGCAUUAACCUCACCAACAGAUCACAACCAUAAAGAUUUGAACAAAACAAUUGGUGCCUUUCUCUAACUGUCUACAAAGAAAGCAGAGGAUUUGCUCUCUGUCUCUUUAAGGGAUUCAGAUUGUUGCUUAAUUUCACUUAAGCAGGCUGACUGUCAGCUCUGUGCGCCACCCUGCUGCUACCGCUACAGGCUACUCGUACAAAUCCUCAGAUGAAGAAACAAUAAUUCCACCGAGUCUUGGUAUGAACCUUGUUUCCCUCCUUGCUUGGUCCGAUUGCCCUUUUAAGGCAAUCUAACCAGAUUUUUUUUUUAUCGUGGUAGAAUUAUGAUAACACUGAUCUAACAUGUAGGAAUGUCUGGAAAGAGGUAUAUUUAGUUGGACUCUGGUAUUCAUGAAAACAUGCACGCACUCACCAAAACACACACCAUAAGUUCAGACUAGGCGAUAAGGUGGUUGUAAAUUUGACUCUGGUUUCAUGCACCAAAAAUCCCAUUCAGCAUAUCUUGACUUGAUCGAAAGCCUCCUCAGAGCCCCCUCUUUCUCAUUUUUGACCUGCAUGUUUCUCUCUUUCUCAUCUUUUCUUUCUUUCUUGUAUUUCUCUCUGUGGAUUUUGGAUCUGGUUUCCUCGACUGACUUUUUUAUCUACUUCCUUACUAUCUCUGUUUCUGCGUCUGCGUCUUCUCAGUGUCAGUCUGGUGAAAAGUAAGCUGGAUCCUGAGAGUUUGGGCAUAAUUCUCCUGGGUCCAUUCCUGCUGGAGUUUUUUCCUGAUCAGGUAUGUGUGUCAAAGUGUGCAGAAGUAGCCACCUCCACUUUUAUGAUUCUCAAAGAGUUUGUUUCUGACAGUAUCCCACUUAGAGACCACGGACACUAUGAGUGGCACUGAUGUCUAUUUCCAGCAUGUGUGCAGCACCGUUUUAGUCAAUUGAGUUUUUAAUGCCAGAAACAUUCCUGUGGUGUCUCAUGUGAAUCUGUAUGCGUGUGUGUUCACUAUCAUCUGACGCUGCUUUGCCGAGAAGCUCAGAGAGAGCGGUAAGGAGCCCUUUAUUAUUAGGCAGGGCGAGCGAGGAAGACAAGAGAGGGAGAGAGAUAGAGAGGAACUGUGUUAAAGUGAUCAGGGCUUUAGGGACUCAGUAGAGGAAUGGUCCUGAGCCGCAGAGAAAUUAUACAACCAUUAGCCAACUGGACACACACACACUCAGACACACGUGGGAUCGGGGUUAGGGUUAGGGUUUCAUCUAUCAGCACAUAAACACGAGAAGCUGGACACCCUUGCAGACAACACACCCUAUUAGCAUUCUGCACCUUUAAACCAAAGCCAUAGGAAGUGUUUUGGCUCAAUGUCAUUCUUGGGGCGGCUUUUUAGUAGUGUUGGCUGUUUCUUAAUAAUUGGAGUUGGGUUUCAGCUCUCUGUUAAACACUCACACAUCUUUAACUUUGAGCAUGUCUGAUUUUUACACAAAGCUUUGGUUGUAGGCUGAUAGGUGUUGGUUUGAGCUCAAAAAUGUUCUGCCUCUGAGGGUCUUUACCUCCGUUUCUUUUCCCUUAGACUCUGGAACAGCGGUGCAUGUUUUCACUCCCCUCCCUGCUUGUUUUUUAGGACUCAGGAAUCCCAGACUCAUUUCCCAUCUACCACUACAACGGGCUAAAACAGUCCAACCACAACGAGAGGGUAAGAUACUUUUCAUGUGCAGGUUUUUUAACGACGGUGGUUCCUUUUCAUAGUCCCCCUGUCCUUCUGCUUAUUACUUCUUUUCUUUUCCUGCCAUCACUCUUUCACACUCUCACAUAGACACACACAUUCGGCGGGCCACUCCAGAAUAAACAGUAGCUAUUGCGAGCCUAAUAGCAUGUCCAUCCAUCCAAAAACCUCUGGCUUAGCCUCCUAUUUCUCCAAGUGGUUUCAACACAGAGGCCACUGUCAGCAGCCUAGUGGUGAUAAAUGGUCAAACACAGGCCUAUUAAGCAGGCUUAGAGUGAUGGAUGAUUGUCACUGGAAGUAGUCAGUGGCGAAAAUCUGCUACUCAGGAAUAUCACUUUCUUCAUCUGUCAAUUAUGUCUCGUCUGGGAAGGAGCGGUUUUCCACAGCGUUACCUGAAAGAGCAGGAAUGGUACCACAUGUGUGCCCACACAAAAAAGCACACACAUAGUGCAUACACACAUGCACAUGGCUGCCUGUAAGGUUGUGAUGGCAUUUCCAUUCCCACAACUCCAGAUGGGAAAAGCAGACCUGCAGUCUACAUGUCUCUGAAGCUGGUAUAUAGGCUAAGCACACUUGUGUAUAGGGGUGUCCCGAUACAACUUUUUGACUUCCGAUAAGAUACCAAUAUUGCAGCCUUCGAUAUUGACAGAUACAAAUAUUGAUCCGGUAUUGGCAAAAAAUUGUGCAUGACAAGUUUUUCACUCAGCUGCAAUGUCUUUUUCAGACUUAAAAAAAAAUACUGCCACAAGGCCAACACCACUCCUACUCCUUGCUUCUUUGUUAGUACCUUAGUACACACUGUUGUUGUGAUUUUGUAUGUUCAGCUUGCUGGAUCAGGGCGCUGCUGGAUAGAGGUGCCAGAGCAGAGUCUGGAAUGGACUGCUUGUAUUGGAGUGCUGAUAUCAGAGAUUUUAGAUGCAGGCCAAUAUAACCCGAUAUUUGGUUGGUUUUUUUUUGCUGAUAUCGGACCAAUAUCUGAUAUCAAUAUCGUAUCGGGACACCCCUACUUGUGUAUGUUAUUUACUUGCACACAUCUCUUGCACAUCUGUCCAGAUGGUUUCAAAAGACUUGUUUGAAAGAGUUGAAAUCUGUCAUACAUGGAAGAAAUUGUAUUAUUAGCAUCUGGGAAACCCUGAAUGAACUGUAUAUCAACCUGUGUCUGUGUGUUCUCAGGUGGAAUAUGUAGAAGGAACAGCUUUGGUGCUAGGUUUUGAGGACCCGAUGGUGCGGACGGACGACACUCCUGUUAAACGCUGCCUACAGACCAAGUGGCCCUACAUCGAGCUGCUGUGGACCACCGACCGCUCCCCGUCACUGAAUUAGUACUAACACAGUCUUUGUGUGUGUGUCUGUGGAUGUGGAUGGACCACUUCUACUCCACACUGACACACUUCUUCUCUCCAGCUUCCUAUCUGCACACUGACCCUGUAAGGUCAGCAGAAUGCAACAACUGACACACGUACGACAAAGAGAAAAACACAAACGCACACGAGAGACUGGAACAAACACAUUUACAGACUAAACUUUAAUGCCUGAGAUCCAUUCUGUCAUCCUCGCUCACACAUUCCAUCACUACAGCUUGUAAACGACACACAGGAUGUUGAUGAUGACUAUUUAAAGACAAAAAAGCUGAACAUGACUGUUUAAUUUCACAGCUCGGCUCCAUCCUGACUGCUCUGCUACAGUUAGGCGGCAGACAGCUGAAAAAGACACUGUUAAGAGAGCAAAACUGGUUUGGUUCAGCGUCUCGAGUAUUAACCACAUGUACAGCCAGUCGACUGUGAAACACUUCUUUUAAUCCAGCUAUAGGACUGUUUGAGGGAAAACCUACCAAAGCCUUCCACAUACAAGAACACAGACUAAAACACAUCCUUUCACACACACAUACACACACACUGCUAAGUGUUUACAGCGUAAAGGGACCAACACAACGCACAGAGAGCUGAAGAUGUGAAAAGAAGGAUUUACAGUUGGUAAUGGCGCUCUUUAUGUGUGUGCGUGCUUUGUGCACCACAUUGGGAAGUUGGGUAAAUGCUCAUGUAUUUAUUCUCACACUGAAAGGCUCUGGAAUAAACACUUUUUUGUUGAAAUGCUGUGCUGCUUGGCAGAUUUAAAAUCAUACAUGUCCUA